UAUCGCCGUUUUUACUAACCUGCUCCCCACGUUUGGCUUCAACGCUUUCUCUUCCGUCUUCGAUCGUCUUCUUCAAUCGCGAGGUCCCUCUCUAAUUUGCAGAGGAUUACCAAUGAUGAAUAUUGGGGUUGUACCUGCAGAAAAAAGGGACGAACCUGCUAUUCCUAAUUUUAAUGAUGAAUGGAAGGAUAAUAUUGAGCAUGAAGUGACUCAGGAAGAUAUAACCCCUUUUGUUGGCAUGGAGUUCGAUACAAAAGAUCAUGCAUAUAGAUUUUAUAACUUGUAUGGUGGGUUCAUGGGUUUUAGCAUUAGAAAAGAUUGGAGGAAUACAAGCAAAUCAGAUAAGGAGAUUGUCAUAUCUCGAAAAUAUGUUUGCUUUAAAGAAGGCUUUAAAAGGAACAAAGAUGUUGAUGGAAAAAUUGCCCGCAAAGAUAUCAGAACGGGAUGUUUAGCACACAUGGUCAUUGGUCGAGCAUCAAGUGGAAAAUAUGUUGUUACAUCUUUUGUAAAAGAGAAUAAUCAUGAGAUGGCAACCCCGAAGAGUAAGCAUAAAUUGCCCUCACAUCUUUCUGUCUCUCAAGCUGCUGAAGUUGAAAUGGAAACUCGUUCUGGUAUAUGCCAAAAAUUAAUUUUUGAGUUUAUGAGUCGACAAGCUGGAGGAAGAGAGAAUGUCGGAUGCACUGCCAAAGAUAUCAGCAAUCAUUUGAGUUCUAAGAGGAUGAAGGAAAUGGAAGAAGGUGAAACACCAAGUACAUAA